GCCACCCUCUCUACCUAUUUAGCUCAUAUCACUAGUAAGCUAAUUCAUGAAUUGUACUAGCUAGCAUCAAUUGAAGAAAAGAUUGCAGAAUUAUAUUAUUGGCUUUCAUUUAUUUUUAAAAAAGAAAUCCAAGCUAGAAUAAUGGAAAACAGCCAAGAUUUGCAAUCCCAAACACGCCCUUCUUCUCAUCAUGAGCCCAUAAAGGCAUCAUCAUCAUCAUCAUCAUCAUCAUCAAGAUUCAAGAGAAUAUGUGUUUUCUGUGGAAGCAGCCAUGGGAAGAACCCAAGUUACCAGCUUGCAGCUCUUCAGCUGGCCAAUCUAUUGGUUGAGAGGAAGAUAGACUUGGUUUAUGGAGGAGGGAGUAUAGGUUUGAUGGGACUUGUCUCCCAAGCUGUACAUAAGGGAGGACGACACGUUUUGGGGGUGAUUCCUAAAACUUUGAUGCCAAGAGAGAUCACUGGAGAGACGGUGGGAGAAGUGAGAGCAGUGACGGGUAUGCACCAGAGGAAGGCAGAAAUGUCCAGACAAGCGGAUGCAUUCAUAGCUUUACCAGGUGGAUAUGGAACUCUAGAGGAACUUUUAGAGGUCAUAACUUGGGCCCAGUUAGGCAUUCACGACAAACCGGUGGGCCUGCUGAAUGUAGAUGGGUACUACAACUCACUCUUGAGUUUCAUAGACAAAGCUGUUACUGAGGGCUUCAUCUCCCCAUCUGCCCGUCACAUUCUUGUUUCUGCCCCAACUGCCCAAGAACUCAUCUCCAAACUCGAGGAUUAUGUUCCUAUACACGUCGAAGAUGCCCCGAAGUUAAGCUGGGAGAUGGAACAACAAUUGGGCUACGCCACAACCAAAUCCGAAAUCGCCCGUUGACAAAGAUCAUUUCUCACUAGUGUUCCCACUAAUCUUGAAAAGCCUUACAUUUUGCAAACAUGAAAUGAUAUGUUCAA